GUACUCCGACCACCACAAUGAUGCAACUACAUUGCUUGGUUCUCUUUUCACUGUGUUAUGGUGCACUUGCCAUGCCAAGACCACAAAACAAUGGUGUAAUCAGCUCUACAGAUCAGGAUUUUGCAGAGGAAUACCUAAAAAAAUUUUACACAUCAAAUGCUAGAGAUAGAACUUCAAUGACUGAGAAACUUGAGAUGAUGCAAAGAUUUUUCAGGAUGAAAGUAACAGGAAAGCUGGACAAAGAUACAAUGAAUAUAAUGAAAGCCCCAAGAUGUGGUAUGCCAGAUGUGGCUGAAUUCACUACGUUCCAGGGAAGACCAAGAUGGCAGAAAACCUCUAUUACCUACAGAAUUUUGAAUUACACCCCAGAUCUUCCAUCCAGCGUGGUUGAUGAUUCGAUCCAGAAGGCACUCAAUGUUUGGAGCCAAGUCACUCCACUGAGGUUCACUAAAGUCAACAGUGGAGACGCAGAUAUUCUCAUCCAGUUCAGAGCACGAACACAUGGUGAUUCUAAUCCAUUUGAUGGCCAAAGUGGGGUGCUAGCUCAUGCCUACGCUCCUGGAAAUGGGAUAGGGGGUGAUGCCCAUUUUGAUGAAGAUGAAAGAUGGACAAAUACCCGAGCAGGCUUCAACCUCUUCCUGGUGGCCGCUCAUGAAUUCGGUCAUUCCCUGGGACUCGGUCACUCUGACGACCGUCGGGCCCUGAUGUUCCCCACCUACCAAUCUGUAGAAGUGAAUAAUUUCCGCCUGUCACAAGACGACAUCAAUGGAAUCCAGUCACUGUAUGGUAGAAGGCGCAAGUAAUGUCUUAAGACACCAGUCAGAUGGUCCUUUAGCCAAGAGCGCAAUGACAGUAAAGCACAAUAAUGCUUGUGUGUGGGUAUAAACUUGCAAUGAAUAUUCAAUUAAAAGAUAUAAUAUCUGCAAAUAAAGAUGAUGCACAUAGUAAAAGUUAGCUUGCAGCAAUUUCAAUAUAACUAUAUCUACGCCAAUAAUCAGGUGCUAAAUGCAAGUAAAACUGUAUAAGGAAGGGUUUCUCAACAAGGGUGCCUCCAGCUGUUGCAAAACCACAACUCCCAGCAUGUCCGGACAGCCGAAGGCUGUCCGGGCAUGCUAGGAGUUGUGGUUUUGCAACAGCUGGAGGCACACUGGUUGGGAAACACUGAUAUAAGGAGUAGUACUCUACAUAUGUUGUAUAUUAAGGACUUGAAAAUGGUGGUCCAGGGGAAUUCUAUUACACAGACUAAAGGGGAACUCCAGUGGGGAAAAAAAAAAUUCAAAUCAACUGGUGCAAGAAAGUUAAACAGAUUUGUAAAUCACUUCUAUUUAAAAAUCCUAAUCCUUCCAGUACUUAUCAGCUGCUGUAUAUGCUACAGAGAAAUUUGUGAAGUUCUUUCCAGUCUGACCACAGUGCUCUCUGCUGACACCUCUGUCCGUGUAAGGCACUGUCCAGAGCAGGAGAGGUUUGCUAUAGGGAAGUUUUUCCCUGGAAUACCCCUUUAACCCCUUAAGGACUCAGCCCAUUUGGACCUUAAGGACUCAGACAAUUUUAUUUUUACGUUUUCGUUUUUACCUCCUCCCCUUCAAAAAAUCAUAA